CCUCCUUUCCCAGUCCCUCCUUACCUCCCAACCCCCAUUUCCUGUAAGCCCAGACAACAUUAUCACCACUGAGCCAGUCAGCACCGAGGUCCUGCGAUUAGUAGGCGACUGUCCAGCUCUGUGUCCUAUUCCUCUGCAUUUUCAAUUAUCCUGUUUUGUUCCCUUUUCGUCUUCUAUUCGAAGAUGAGCACGACUGUUGUGACGUUGGCGGUGCUUGCUCUGUUGGCAGCGGCCAGUGUAGAUGCUCUAACAUGCCGCCCAUGUAACAACGUACGUUGUGCUAGUCCUGAGACUUACGACUGUCCGGGCCGAGAGGUGGUGCCCAAUGAAUGCGGCUGCUGCUUUGUGUGCUCCAAGCUCGAAGGGGAGUCCUGCGGUGGGAGCUUCAGCAUCCUUGGCACCUGCUCCUCCCACCUGGUCUGCUAUUCCCCGAGGUACAACGGUGGUACCUGCAUGACCGCUGAGCAAGCCGAGUGGCACAGAACUUCCAGCACUACACCCGCCUCUCAUCACGGGGGCCCAACCACCACAACCACCACACCCCGUCCGUACUGGCUGGGAUGAGGUGGAGGGAAGAGGCAUGACAAGGGGUGGGCGGAUGGAGGGAGAAUUGCAUCGGUGGGCUGAGGGGAGGACGGUGGCGCUGGUAAUUUGAACUGGAGGGAAAUACAGGGGGAGAGACGGAAAGAGGGAAUUAAAAAGUAGGAAGGGAGGGAUGUAAAGCGAAGAGUGACGUCGAGAGAAAAAGAAAAGAAAAAAUCGAGAAUAUUAAUGAAAGAUAAAGAAGGAGAGAAAGAAUGAUUAAGUGCAGAAGGAAACAUCUCCAUUCAUUGCAAUAGGCAUUUGUGUUUUGACUUGUAUUGUUGGCUCGAAAACAUGUAUGAUAAAUUGUUCUACUUGCAUGCUGAAUAAAUAUGAAAAAUA